AUGGUGCUGUCCAUUGGUCUGAACGUCGGAAUGGCCGUAUACUACUGGUUCUCAUUACGGAUUACUCCCUUCAGUGUGUACUUGAUUGUCCUUUUCAUCACUAACGCCCUGUAUAGUGCCGUGUGUCCGCCUUUAGAAAUCGCCCGUGACCUGUACGGUGGUUGGUGGAUGGGACACUGGGUGUGCAACUUCUACAACUAUUUCGAAUUUGUCAUCAGCCUGGGUCCGCUGAUGCUGCACGCUCUGAUCGCGGUCAGCCGAAUCUGGGCGGUGGCCCAUCCGCUGUCCUACAAAUGCCGUCAUACGUACAAAAUGGCGUUUUUAUUGUCAGGACUCGGAUUCUGUUAUGCGCACUUGGUGGAUGUACCUGGUUAUGCUUUGGAUAUGUUGUAUUAUCACAUUCCCGAGAAGGAGUUCGGCUGCCAGAUGCAUACGGCGGCAGUCAGAGAGUGGAGUCGCGCCGAAGUUAUCGUGGGCCGGCUUUCUCCGCUCUUGUUUAUAUUGCUCUCUUAUGUGUACGUCAAUGUGACGAUUUGGCUGAGAAAGCGAAGACGCACCGGUAUUUUCUCGACGAGGAGCUAUGAGAUGAAUAGCGUCCCAGGGAAAUCCCUAACAGACACCAACCCGAAAGAAGCGGCUGCUGGACCGCUGAUCUAA